CAACCCGAAGACGGACUCCUCAUUGUGACAUCGACUCUUUCGAGCGACGGGUGAGGUCGCGCGCGAUGCGAUGCGACGAGGCGACGGACCACGGCUUGCUCAUCUACCUGCUAACUUAUCACCGACGUCCCUGCAUGUGUCUUGUGACGUCACUCAUCACAGACAAUGAGUCUCGCUUCUAUCCCACCCUCAUCCCUCGUACCUCGUCCGCCCUCCCCUGCACGCCUCGCCCUCCGUCGCGCGCAGCGGUUGGGAGAGUAGGGUAGGGUAGGGAACUUCCGCCGAGGUAGUUCCGGGGCUAGUGUGCGGGCGUGUGGUGGGUUCUAAUCCUGCGAAUUCUCUGCGACUGUGUCUGUGCGUGUUUUUGUCCAGCUUCGCUCGCAGCCCGUCGCUCACAGUCCGUCGCUCAAAGUCCGUCGCUCAAAGUCCGUCGCUCAAAGUCCGUCGCUCACAGUCCGUCGAUCACAGCCCGUCUCCCGCCAUUCUUUCUCCGUCCACUUCCUGUGGUUCCAGCAAUCUCUCGCUCCUUCGCCCCGCGCAGCCGUAUUACCUACUCCUCAUUGUCGCACGUAGCCGGAUCCCAGUGCUUCACUGCUACGCUUAACUUAUACCCGUCACAUGUUGUCGCCGUACGGCACAGGCGUCGCACGCACGACCGUAAAUUGCUCCUGUUCCUGCGUGUCGUAGACUACCCUUCCACUACCAACCCCCCCUCCCGACUACCCCGGCGGGCCCCGCUCCUAGCCCUUCCGCCCGUCCGCCGGUCCUCCCGUCCGCCCGUCCGCCCGUCCGCCCGUCCGCCCGUCCGCCCGUCCGCCCGUCCGCCCGUCCGCCCAUCCGCCCGUCCGCCGUUCCGCCUCUCCCUCAAGAUCUCAACCCUGCGAGACGAGCCAGGCAGGGUCUUCCGCCCUUCCGCAAUGACUGCGAUGCGCCGCUCUGCGAAGAACCGGCUUCCGACAUUACUGCUGCUGGCGGUAAUUGGCGCGCUAUGGGAUCAAUUGGGGCAUGCGGCAAUCACGGUGGAACAACCGAGAGUGCGGCACGAGCAGCACGCGUGCCGGGGGGAGCAGUGUGGGGGGGAGGGGGCAGCGGAGCGGGGAAGUGGCCGGCGGAUAGCGGAGGAGGUGGAGGAGGAGGUGGUGACGGGGUGGUACGGGGGGGCUGGCGCUGCUGCUGCGGGUGCUGCGGGUGCUGGUGCUGCUGUGAGCCGGUAUCAUGAGGAGUCGAGACAUGUCGUCAGUGCAAUGGGCAUGGCGGCGACGCAGGCAGUGACCCCCGCGCCCAAGCUGCGCAAGUGCCAGAAGCUGCUCCGAGACGGGUCCUUCAGCCUCAACCGGUCGUCGUACUUCGUAGGGCUGAACGUGGGGCCGCGCAAGCAGCUGUUCUACCUGCGCCUGGACAACCUGACGCCCGUCACCUGGUUCACCUGCGACUGCGUCACACCCGCCACCUGCCGCACCGCCGGCACCAUCAUCCCCGAGCGGCCGCCGUACAACACUAAGGAGAACGGAGCCACGGUAGUGCUGUGCACCGUGGACACAUGCAAGAACAACACGGACCGCCCCGCGCCCGGCCUCAAGAUCGGCUGCCAGGUAGCGGACCAGAUCCCGUCAGCCCUGGGCAAGGGCAAGUGCGAGUAUCUGCACCUGCACACCAUCGUGCGGUCGCCCCUGGGGUCCAUCGGCAGCCUACCGAACAAGGAUGGGACCAAGGUGGGCAAGAGCUACGGCAUCUUCUACCAGGAGAACGUUUGGCUCACGCACAUGGACGGCUGGACUGUCAGCCCCGAGCUCGUCGUCGGCUGCGGCAUGGUCCAGAAGGGCGCGCUAGGGGGCUACACCGAGGUGCCCGACGGUGUGUUCGGACUCGGGUGGGGCAAGCUGAGCGUCCUAUCGCAAAUGUCCGACUUAGGCGUGUGGGAGAACAGCUAUGGCCUCUGCAUGGAGGGCGACAUGGGGCUCAAGGGCGGCUCCUACCUUAACCUGGGCGACGCGCUGAUCGACGGGUACAGCGACACCAUUCCCAUGCAACGGAUAAUCCCCAGCCCGAUGUAUUUUGUGGAGCUCGGGGAGGUGCGCGUGGGGAGUGCGGCGCUCAAGGUGCCGGCCGGGACGUUUGCGAAGCCGACGUUGAAGGGGGAGGGGGGUGUGGUCUUGGACCCGUUCACCACGGUUACCAGGAUGCCACUCGCUGCGCUGCUCGCGAUUAAUGAAACGCUGGUGGGGCUGAUGCCCAACCUGACGUACGACAAGGGCAACUCCAAGACUUUUGGGCUCAUCUGCUGGAAAGGCGCGCCCUACAAGCAGAAGAAGCCGGAGCUAUUCUACCCGCAGUUCCCCAACAUGCAGCUCGUCUUCCCCAACAACGUCAUCUUUUACGUGCUGCCCCAGUCCUACCUCAUCGCGAACAUCACCACGGGCAAGAUGUGCCUAGCAGCAGCAGAGACCACUGACGCCCGCACCACCAUAGGCGAGUCAUUCCUGCGCAACAAGAUGGUAAUAUACAAUUACAAGGACAGCACCAUAUCAUGGGCAGAUAUGAACUGCACCACCGGCGUUCGCUUCUUCAAUUUCACAGCAAAGCCCCCAGGACCCAUGCCCUCGCCUCCCCUCAUGCCCCCGCCCAUCCCUCCGCCAAAACCCCCUAUAGCCCUGCCCCCUCCCCCCCUGUUAAAGCCCCCUCCCCCCCUGUUAAAGCCCCCUCCCCCCCUGUUAAAGCCCCCGCCCCCUGCACCUAAACUCCCCCCACCAGCACCACCCACACUUCCCCCUCCCAAGCCUCUUCUCCCCCCUCCUAGUAAAACCCCUGUUGCUCCUCCUAUCCCUCCUCCUCCUCCUCCCAAGACCACCCCUCCUCCCUGGACGAAGCCCCCUCCCGUGAUCACCACCCCCCCUCCUGUUCCUGCUGCGCCCUCCCCUCCCCCUCCCUGGACUUGGCCCCCGACCACCCCUCCCCCUUGGACUUGGCCCCCCAACGCCCCCCCUCCCCCCUGGACUUGGCCCCCCAAUGCUCCCCCUCCCCCCUGGACUUGGCCCCCUGAAGCUUCCCCUCCCCCCUGGACUUGGCCCCCUGAAGCUCCCCCUCCCCCCUGGACUUGGCCCCCUGAAGCUCCCCCUCCCCCCUGGACUUGGCCCCCUGAAGCUCCCCCUCCCCCCUGGACUUGGCCCCCUGAUGCUCCCCCUCCCCCUUGGACUUGGCCCCCUGAAGCUCCCCCUCCCCCCUGGACUUGGCCCCCUGCUACCCCCCCUCCCUGGACCACCCCCCCUCCCUGGACCACCCCCCCUCCAUGGACAUAUCCCCCCGAUUCCCCCCCACCUCCCGAGGUUUUCCCCCCUCCCCCUCCCCCCGAGACUUCCCCAGUGUUUCCCCCAUCCGACGUGUCUCCCCCGCCCCCGUACCCCCCUCUUCCGCCGCUACAAUCGCUCACCCAGUGGUGGGUCAACCCGCACAAGAAACGCAAGACGCCGCCCCCUUUCGAGGCCCCUGCAUCGUGGACAAUCUGGCCUAUGAAUGAUGCAGCCACUGCUCCUCCCGCUCCUUCUGCUCUGCCUCAAGCUCAUACUGGUAAAAACCGUGACCCGGGUGGUGCGGCGGGGUCUCGCGACCCGGGUGGUGCGGCGGGGUCUCGCGACCCGGGUGGUGCGGGGUCUAGAGCCACUGUUGCUGUUGAAGGGGAGGAUAAGGACAGGAAGGAUGGGUUGGUGGUGCAGGCAGAGAGGGAGAAGGAGAGGGUGCAUGAGAAGAGGAGGAGCCAUGAGGGAGUGGGGGGAGUGGGGGUAGAACAGCACAGAAUGCAUCAACGUGUUGCUGUAGCUCCGUAGGGGUACGAUUUUCCUCCAAACCUCUCCACUAUACUCUUGGACGUGUUGUGCGCAGACCUACCAUAUAUCGUGUUUAAGGCA